AUGCCCGCCAGCGACUCCCAGAGGGCCACGAUUCCCCGCCGGACUGGCGCCCACCCGCGAUCCCGAUCCUUCAACAGCUAUCGUGACUCCACGCUAGCCGUCCUCGCGCUGCUGCUGCCGUUGCGCAUCGUGAAUGCAUUGACCCUACGCACAUUCUUCCAGCCCGACGAGUUCUUCCAAUCGCUCGAGCCAGCAUGGCAGCUAGCCGUUGGCCGGCGCAGCAACGCCUGUAUCACAUGGGAGUGGAGAACGCAGCUGCGGUCGUCCCUGCAUCCAGCGGUAUUUGCAGCAGGCUAUCGAGUGGCGGUAAAACUCGCCGACAUCUGCAGCUUAAGUUUAUCUGAUCGAGCCGAACUCCUCCUUGCUUCGCCGAAAGUUACCCAGGCGCUAUUUGCAGCGCUGCUUGACUACUACACCUGGAGGUUUGCAGAAAAAGCAUACGGCCGCGGCAGUCGCACAGCGUUGACUACUCUCGCGCUGUCCAUAUGCAGCCCGUGGCAGUGGUUUUGCUCGACCCGUACCUUGUCCAAUUGCCUGGAGACCUCCAUUACGGUGAUCGCUGUCUACAACUGGCCUUGGCACUGGCCGGGGCCCGCAAGAGAUAGGGAACUUCGGCACCAGGGCAAGCAAAAUGUGGACCAGGACAUCCUCGGCUCUGUUUCCCAGCUUCGUCUGUCUCUUCUGUUGGCAGCAUGCGCCUGCAUUCUGCGGCCAACCAAUGCCCUCAUCUGGCUCUGCUUAUCGCUUCCGACCUUGUGGCACGCCUCGAUUCGACAGCGAUUCGUGCUUGUCCGUGAAAUUUUUUUCUGCGGCUCUACCAUCCUCCUCUGCUCAGUUCUAUUCGACAAGCUCUACUACCAAGUUUGGACGUUCCCGCCGCUGCGGUUCCUUUACUUUAACAUAGCCCAAUCUCUGGCCGUUUUCUACGGCAGGAACCGAACAGAUUACUACCUGACGGAAGGGCUACCUCUACUGCUCACGACAGCGUUGCCCUUCGCCGCUACUGGACUCUGGCAGGCGCUGUCACGGACUGCAACACACCCUGCGGAGCAUAUCGGACCACAAAGGAUAUUACCACGUCUUGCAUGGACAUGCCUCAUCGUGACCCUAGUAUUAAGCCUGAUCUCCCACAAGGAAGUCCGCUUCCUGUAUCCCAUCCUCCCAUUCCUCCACAUUCUCUCCGCAGGCCCCCUCUCGUCCUUCUUUCCUUCCCAGGCCCCAAUAUCGCGCAAGGCGAUCCUCACGUUACUUCUCGUCAUUAACGUGCUCAUUGCCGGGUAUGCGUCGCAGAUACAUCAGCGCGGGGUAAUCGACGUGUUGUCCUACCUGCGGCAUAAACAUGAAGCACACAACAGCCUAUCAUCCCAGACUCGCACCGGUUUUUCCAAUCAGAGGAAUAUAGCCAAUACGACCGUCGCCUUCCUCAUGCCCUGCCACAGCACGCCCUGGCGCUCUCAUCUUGUCUACCCGGAGAUCGACGCCUGGGCCCUCACCUGCGAGCCCCCACUCGACAUUCCGCUUUCGGAGCGCGAUGCAUAUCUCGACGAGGCAGACCACUUUUACAUUGAGCCUGGCCCUGUGGGCUGGCUGAAAGACAAUAUGGAGGAUGUUCAGACUGUCAGCGCGAGUGGAUCGCGGUCGGGCCGUCACUGGGCACGCCACGACCCAAAGUACAAACGAGCAUAUAGAAGACCUUGGCCGCAGAACUUGGUGUUCUUUGAGCAGCUGGAGCCAACAAUGAAGAAGUUUUUAGCGGGCAGUGAGUAUCGGGAGUGUUGGCGAGGGUUUAAUAGCCACUUCCAUGAUGAUUGGAGGCGGAAGGGUGACGUGAUCGUUUGGUGUAUGGACUGA